CCAAAGUUGGACACUAUUAUAAAAUAAUAUUUAUAAAUAAAAAUAUAAAUAUAUUUCUAUAUAAAGAAAACGAAAAAGAAGAAGGAGAAAAAAAAGUAUAAAAUAAGAGGAAUAAUCAAGAAAUUUUUUUUUUAUUGCCGAGGAUCGAUUUUAUUCCAAAUUUCGAUCCGCGCGCUUCUCAGCAACGGCCUUUUCGCUGGCCUGGCCAGCUACUAUGCGAAUUGAAGCUCUCAGCGCACUCGUCGCGGUGGUUUGGCUGACCGCAAUCCUGUGCCCGCGGCUCAUUGCCGCCAAUAAUUUGACGCUCAACUUUUCUUCUCGCAGAUCAAAAGAACUUCAUUCUGGAGGUCACAUCUCUCGUUGGACAGAGCCUCAGGAGGAGGUGGCAAUAAAACGUUUGACAUAUCGAGAGAUGCAGAAUAUAAUAAGAAUGGAGGGUGGCGAGGAUGGAGCUGCCGUCGAUUGCUGUCCAACAAUUGAGGAAAUGUCGGAGCCAGUGGGCGGUCGAAAUCGUCAAGAUAUGUACGUUGAGCUUUACCGUGAUGGGGAAAAUGUUCAGCGCUUCUUCGAGUACUCGUGCAGACCCGACGUCCUCGACAAGCCGUGCAGGUUCAUUGACCGUAAAUUAAGUGAACAAUCAAGAUGCGUGCAACAAUUCUCCUAUUCCUAUGCCAUCAUUCAAAGUUCUGAACUUAAGGAGGGAGAACACACGAGGCAUCAUCAUCGGCAACAUCAUUUUCCAGCGUUUCCCGGAAGUGCAGCGAGCGGCUCAUCCUGGACAUUGGACUACAUUAAAGUACGAAGUGGUUGCAGCUGUGAAAUUACGCCCAAACCGAAGAAGAAAAAAUUCGCGGCAAUGAAAGCCAAACGAACAAGAAGCAAAUCGCGAAUAUCUCGUGACGACUUGAGUGAUUAAUUUCAGUUGAUAAUUAAUUUAUUCAAUUAUUAAAUGUAAUUUCAUUUUCAUUCGUUACUGUAAUUAAUUCAAUUCAUUUUC